UGGUAACUGAGAGACAGUGGUUUGUUUGUUUGCUGCAUGUCAGUAGGUCUUGUUGCGGCGUUGACGUUGUCACCGUUGUUGUCUGUUCACACGUUGCUCGCUCGCCGACUUCAGGGAGCUGUUGACACGUGCGCUUCGUGUAUUAGAGCCUUGUGCUUGGUCCGUGUGUGUGUGUGUGUGUGAAGAGUGUGUGUGUGUAUGUGUGUGUGGGAAAGGGUGUGCGUGCGUGCGUGUGUUGCGCAUGAUGCUGUCGUGGUUGUUGUCUCCCUGUGUCCUGCGUUAUCCCCCCUGCCAGAUGUGAAGACUAUAAAAGGUUCAAAUCUCUCCUCCUUCCAGACACUGGCUUCGGCGGGACGUCCUGUCAGUGGAAGCGUUUGUAAAGACCAUCUGAAGGUGGUCAACAUGUGGACGACAAUGAUUUUACUCCUGAUACUUCUCUCUGUGCUCUCUUGCCUUCAUGCUCAGAACAGCGGCAGCGCCCCCUCACAACAAGUCCAGCUACAAUCCAAUGGCAUGGACUACGCGCUGUUUGGCUACAACAGUCUCAAGGGAUGCCCUUUGACACUAGGAUAUGAUCCGGGCUUUACUUUUCCCAUCUUUUCUGCCCAAAGUCAGGUGACGGGAGACAAUGGCGGGCCACGUGGCGUGGUUCUGUCCCACGAUGUGUCAUGUGUCACGUCGUUUACGUCGACGGUGGUGGAGACGCCGUACGACCUGACCACGCUGCUGACUGGCACCGCGCGACUCGGUGCUGAUAAGUGGGGGCCUCCCUUCUCGGCCAGCCAACACUUUCUAAAGUUCUCCGAUGAACUGAAACAAAAUGUCCUGGUCUUGUCAACAGCUGUGUGCAGUAUCUAUCACGUGAAGCUGCUACUCUGGGAACCGCCAUCUUUUCAUUCAUCGUUCGUGGACUGGAUCAUUAAGCUCAACAACACUGAUGACGAGGACAUGUUCCUGAAGUUCCUUGACACCUACGGCACACACUUCGUGUCACGGGCCCGCUUUGGGGCCUCGAUAACAGUCGUGCACAAGAUGGAGGAUAAGGUUUAUCGGAACCUCACGGAGAGUCACGUGAGAUCAGCUGCCAGCUAUGUGGCUGCUGCGCUAUUUGGACAACCCCAGACCUUGACCUCUGAUCAGCAAAAGGCAGCAAACGAGUUUCAAAAUGAAGUGGAGACAACAACGAUUGUUGUAGGUGUUCCUCUGUCUUAUGCAGGUAACAGUCUGACUUGGUUGACAGCAGCGAAGGAUCAACCCUCCGCCAUCCACUAUGACCUGACCUCUGUGGAGGUUCUCUUCUCAGACACCCUCAUGGGUAACUCGAGUCUCAUUGGCAGUUAUGGUAUUGACCACGUCAGGAUCAUGAACAACAUACUGGCUGUCAAGACAAAGUACUGUUGGACUGUAAAGAGACAAGACCUGACAGGUGAGUGUGAAGGUAGUUCAGGUAAGACACUGCUUUCCACAAAGUUGAUGGGUAAGUCGGAAGACAGAGCCGCUCAGUCUGCUGACCAGUGUGUUGAGGGAUGCUAUCAGCUUCCGGGCUGCGUGGCUGUGAGUUUUUGUCCUGAGUGUAGACAGACAAACCUCAGCAACAACUGUCACGUGUUCAGUGCUGGCGACAUACAGAGAGCAGUGAGCGACUCCAGGUGGCACUCGACCAUGUUAGUUGACAAACUGGAGACAUUUGUCAAACUACACAACACCACGGUGGUUGUCAACUCUAGUUCUCAGUCUGAAGUCCCUCCUGUCACCUCCGUACAGGACUGCUACCCAUCUUGUAUUCAAGAUACCCAGUGUGUGGCCUUCACCUUGACUGACACUUCAGGUUCAUUAAUUAAAUGCACGCGCCACACAGACUCACUUCUGUCCUUGACACAGAAAACAGGUGUCAGUGUGUACUUCGUCUCCCCGCUGGUAAAAAAAAUUGUCAGAAGUGGACAGACGAGAGACCUUGUUCCCUCCUCCAUGCUGAACGACUGGUACAAGGCCGCCUGUGUCAUCGACGACGAGUGUCGUCAGGUAAACUCCAUGUGCUUUGUAAACAGGUGCCGCUGUCGACCUGGGUUCUUCUUCUCAACUCGUGACUACACGUGCUCUGCCACUUGUAGUCCAGCUCACCUGCACACCACCUUCACGGAGUACCCUGACAGCGGAAUAAGGGGACACAGUAUCGUGACACGGGAUGGAGUCAGUUUGCAGACCUGCACCAACCUGUGUGUCCAGACCAGAGUUUGUCUGUCCUUUGACUUCAGAGUCACAGGAGGGCGCUGUCUGCUUCAUGAGGUCACCUCGCUCCAGGCUCAGUCAGAGUGGUUUCCUCAGACCAGUGGAGGCUGGACCCACUACCAGAGAACCUGCCUGCAGUUUCCCACCUUAUACCCGGGACCUCAGUGGUACCACACACCCUGCAACAUCAGCACGGUUUGCCCUGAACCUAACAGUCAGUGUGUGUCGGGUAGAUGUGUGUGCAAGUCUCCCUUCAUUUUAUCCGGAACUGAUGCCACGUGUCGAGUUCCUGAGUCAUGUCGAGACUUGCAGUCAGUAGGAGCCAAGUCAGGUGUCUACUCCAUUCAACUGCCAGAAACAAGAGAGAAACUGAGAGUCUGGUGUGACAUGGACUCUGGUGAUGGCGGCUGGCUGGUGUUCCAGAGACGCCGUGACGGUUUUGUUGACUUCUACAGGAACUGGACACAAUAUGAACAGGGCUUUGGUGACAUCAGCGGGGAGUUCUGGCUGGGGUUAUCCAACUUGCACUUGCUACUCAAGAGACCACAGCGACUCCGUGUUGACCUGGGAGAGAAGAAUGGAAAACGUAUCUAUGCUGAGUACUCGUCCUUCAGAGUGGAUGGUCCUGACACAAACUACAGACUGUUCACAUCUGGCUACUCGGGUGAUGCAGGUGACAGCCUGACUUAUCAUGAAGGAGACAUGUUUUCAACCUUUGACCGCGACAAUGACAAAUCCGACACUCUCAACUGCGCUGUGUAUUUUAAAGCUGCCUGGUGGUUCCGAGGCUGUUACAACGCCAACCUCAACGGUCAGUACCACGUGGAUACCUACGGCGUCAGUUGGUAUCUGAAAUACCAAGAUUGGAGAAGCUUCUCAUUCUCUGAGAUGAAACUGAGACCAGCCUAGCAUCGCCUUGUCUCCUGUGGUCUCACUGUUCUCACGGUCAGUCGCCGUACACGACAGGUUUCACUGACGAGGUCACUCAGUGCAUACUGCUCUCGUCGUGUUAGCAACCAACUUUGUUUACUCUGAUGGUGGUCCUGAUUGUGGUCUGAUAUUACACUAAAACUGUUGUAUUGUUUCUCUAAGAUUUAGUUUUACUUGUAUCAAUCAAUAAGCUUAUAAUGUAAAGAAAUUCAAUCAUAAAUAUUUGAGUAUAUUCACAGCACACUGUUCUUAGCCAUAAAUUGAACUAUUAUGAAUAAUUGAUCGGCAUUUCCAAAACGCAGUUACAAUUUUAUGUUUUAAUGUUAGCCAUCGUUUACACGCUUGACUUUAUGCAAUUACUUCCCUUUAUACUCACUAUUCCCUCCCUUUAUGUGUAAAUGUGAUUUUAAUUAUGAUAACAGCAAUUGAUAAUAUCACAUUUAUCUCACACCAGUGUGAAGCAAAAAUUAUUUUAAUAUUUUGUUUCUCGAACUCUUGCGUACAAACAGUGAAGGCUCAACCUGAUCAUACGACUCUCUCUGUCUCUCUCUCUCUGCCUCUACCUGUCUAGUAUUGUAUUUACCUGUAUCUCUGUCUCUCACUGUCUGUCCCUCUCUGUCUCUGUUUCUCUCUCUCUCUCUCUCUCUCUACCUGUCUAUUAUUGUAUUUAUCUGUAUCUCUGUCUCUCGCUGUCUGUCCCUCUCUGUCUCUGUCAUUUUGUAACUACGGUCGUGCAUGAGCGACAGCCAGAUAGUGAAGUUUACAGAGAAUAAUUAUCAAACAAGCAUUGAACUAAUUCGCUGUAUACAUGUAUUCCUUCUAUUGCUUAUUUUCUUUCAAUUAUAUUUUGUUCUAACAAGCUAAUUGUGCGGAUUUACCUGUUGGUGUUGUAAUGUGGGGAGUGUGUAGUUAUUCAGUGCACACCUGGCUCCAUGACAGUCUUGUUGUUUAUUUACACUGUUGACUAGACGUCACUACAUUGAUGUGUACGUUUUAUUCGCUCCCUUGUAACGCAUACAGUCGCUGAUGAUAACGGCGAUGACAAUAUCACAUCUGUGACACACAUGCAGCAAACAAAAACUAGUUCUCUUUCAAAGUGAAGUGUACAAACACCAGGGAUGGGGACUAGCUACAGCUACUGUAGCCGGCUACAAAUUUUGUAGCUUGUAGCUUAGCCGGCUACAAAUUUUUAAAAAGUAG